AUGGUUUCCUUGGCCGAGCACGACGUUUGUACGUGGUUUCGCCAAUUGUCGUCGUAUCGGAGACUCGAGAUGCUUUGCCAAAUGCUCAACUUGUGUGUCCCUUUGGAGCUCCGAUUCGUUGAAACGUACGUGUCGAAGCUUGCGUCCCGCGAGCUCAUUUUUCUGAAAGAUCACGAGCAUCGUGCGAACAGCCACACAGAUUUAAAAAGGCUCGUUGACCAAGGCGGGGGUCCCCUCGAUGGACCGACCAGAUCUCGACUAGUUAUCUCGUUGGCGCUCCUCAAGAGCGACAACACAUCCGCAGCUGAAAUCCUAUAUCCGGCCCUGACCGGCAGACUCCCGCAAGACAAGAGCUCGUUAGCACUUCUGGAUCCUAAAUGUCUCGAAGAAUUGAUACUGUUGUAUUCAAUGGCAGCCCUCCACUGCGCGUUCACAUUCAGCCAACAGACAGCAUUGGAACGACUCAAAUCAGAACUCGUCAAGCUUAUGCAGCCGAAAUCCGUGUCCCCCACGUCCGGACUGAAUUCCGCGUCUACUUCCUCGACGGGAACGACAACGGCCGCGGGGGCGGCGGCAGCGACCGCGGCGUCACCGACGGCGGGAGCGACCGCUGCGGCCAUUCCCGUCGCCCCACAACCGGCUGUAGGCAUGGCCUGUCCACCGGGUCAACCUGUUUAUACGUACCCGCUGUCGAUGGUCGGUUCCCUGCUCCCGCCCCAAUUCCAGUGGUGUGGUCCUCUUGCUCAGAACGUACAGCUUCCAACAAUAUUCCAAUCUGCCAACUCAAUACAUCCCACGAUGACAUUCGCGACGAAUCCCUCCGUUCCGACCGUUCCACACCCGAAACUGAACCAAGUCACUGUCAAGUCAGGACAAGGAUCCAAAGUUACCUUGUGCGGGAACUUCACCGACGGUCGCCAGAUACACGUUGUCAGGGACUACGGGCAGAUCGCGGAGCUUCGCAACAGACUCAACGGACCGAAUAACUCAUUGCCCAGCCUCUCGAUGAUGUACAACAAUAACACCGAUGUCGUCCACAAGGAAAUCAAAGAUUUCUUCACCGAAGUCUGCGCCAACUUCGCAGACCUUGAUCUCGUUAGCAACUUCUUCGACCAGCAGACUCAGAUGCACCCUCAGCCUCAGACGACGCUCAUCGCGACGAGUACAAUCCCAAGGUUCACAAGCGCCCCGCCACCUCCGUUCACCGUGACCAGGGACCACCAAGCCACCAGCGAUCAGGAAGCGAUAGCCGUCCGGGAGGCAUUGAAAUCGGCGAACGCCCACAAGCACAUGCUCAAGUUCAAAGACGUCACGACCAUGAACGACUUCUGCGAGCUCACGGAGGAAUCUCUCAAAGCCCGAGGGCUCUCGAGCACCGCCAUCGACCGUAUUCAGCAGGUCCAAGCAUUGAGGGGAGCGAGCAUCGCGGCCUCACCGACCGCUGUGGCCCACGCUCCGCUCGUGGCCAUGGCCAUCCAGACGCCGCAGCAGCAGCAGCAGCAACAGCAACCGUCCGCCUUAUCUGCGAGUGGUCAGUGGCACAGCUCGGAAGAGGACACGACUCCACCGUCCUCGUCUCCGUCGCCACCGAACCACCAGCAGUUCACCUCACCUCCGCCUCAAUUUUACAGCAUCAUGAUGCCGAUGGUCCAACCCGGCGGAGCCACAACCUACGUGCCGACGACCUACUCUGGUUACCCUGUGCCGACGUUCGUCGCCACCGCGCCACCGCAACAGAACGGAACGUACGUCACGACGCAAGGCGUCUCUGCCAACGGUCAACACUUGGUGCAUCCGAUGCUCGUGCACACGCAGCAUAAUCCCCAGGUUGGAGGUCAUUCUGGGGGCAUUAGCCCUUUAGGUAACGCGUCAGGGCCAAUGAACCACCUGCAUGCGCACAAUGGUCAGAGCGGAGCUGCUGUCGUGGGGACAUCGGCCGCUCUCAGUCACCUGCAUCAUCCUCCGCCGUCUACGGGCUCGAAAUCGCCACAUUCGCCGACUAGUCAAGGAGGCGGUCAACAACCACAUACCAAAAUCGAAAGCCAUGCGCCGUCGGUGCAGAACCACAUGAAACGUCAACCCCUACGAUCUCAACAUUGA